GUGCAAUUACUUAAUUAAAGAGUGCCAAAGUGUUGAAGUGGACUGCUAAAUAAGCCGUUAUUAGCAUCAAGCAAAAUGCAAGAUUCACAUAAGAUUUAGAAGCAUAUGAAGUAUAUCGGUAGCUUGCAUUGCGUACAAAAUGGACUUUCUGCUUUCCACGUUACAAUUGCGCCUAGAAAGGCUAACAGAAGCGUUAAAGGGAGCCACAGAGGCCCUUAACAGCAUUGAGACUGGUGUAGCAAGGGACAGGAUAAUUGCUGUGAAAAUUAAUGUUAAUAGUAGAUUGUUAUCACUCACAACAGAUUUAAAUAGAUAUUUGUCUGGCGCAACGAACAUAAAAGAAGAUUUCUGCAAUGAAUGUCGAGAUAUGCAAGUAAAAGCGGAGGACACGCUUACCGAAUUAGAAAUUGCGAUAAAACUAUACUGCCAUGAGGGAGAAAACAAUCAUAGAACGCGUCUACCUAAAUUAGAGUUAGGGAAAUAUAAUGGUGACAUUCUAAAAUGGAACAGUUUUUGGGAUAAAUUCGCGGCUAAUGUUGAUAGUAAGGACAUUGCCAACGUUGAGAAGCUUUCAUACUUGCUAGCGUCAUUGGAGGGACCAGCCCUUCAAGCAGUUGAGGGUCUGGAAACUACUAACAUCAACUAUCCGAUUGCGGUAGACAUUCUCAAUAGCCGCUUUGGUAAACCUACAAAGGUCAUCGAUGCUCACAAUGAUGCUUUGCAAAAUCUGGCUGUAGCGAAGGAUUCACCUGAAGAUUGUAGGCGCACUCUGAACAUUAUAGAGAAGCACCUGAGGGUAUUAGAAGCUCUAGGGGAGAAAGUUGAUGCUAGUUACCUUAGAGUUAUUGUACUUAAUAAAUUUCCAUCAAGAGUGGUAUACCAAGUGUGGCUUAUGUCAACCGAUGAUUCCUUUGAUGCAGUCCGAAAGGCUUUGGAUGCCGUAAUAACAGCCAUGGAGAGUUCAGUUGUUACAAACAUGAAGAGUUCUGUGAUUCCGGUAAAAUCCAAUGACACAACGGAGAUGAGUACACCUACUUCAACAGCAACACUGCAAAUUGGAGCUGUAAGGAAAAGGAAAUGGCAACAAAAGAGAGAGGCAAUUUCAGCUCAACCUAAUAGGAAACGCCCUAAGAGAAUGUGCAUAUUUUGCAAUGAAGAACAUUACAGCGAGGAUUGUACCAAAUUUAACACAUAUAAGGAGAGGAUUGGCAAGCUGAAAGAUAGGUGUUAUGUGUGCUUCCAAAUAGGACACCGUGCCUCUAAGUGCACAAGAAGGAGGAAAUGUGUACAUUGCUCUAGAAUGCAUAAUAGAGCACUUUGCCGACAGAAGGUGCAGAAGGGUAAGGAUGGUGAUAUGGUUCUUUCAAACAUAACUUCAGUCAAUGUACAGUUAAAUAAGCCAUCUAAUUUCUUACAGACGGCAGUAACCCAAGUAAGGACAGCGGAGGGGAGAAGUCUGAGCGUUAGACUUUUACUUGAUUCUGGAAGUCAACGAACUUAUAUUACAAACAGAAUAGCAAAAUUAUUACGAAUUAAACCUGAUGGAGAAGAUUGUUUGAUGAUUUAUACAUUUGGAUCAGAAAAGCCUAGAGAAAUGUUUUGCCCAUAUGCAACAAUAACUGUAGUGAGUAAACGUAAUGUUGAAAGACUGAUUAGAGUGAAUAUAGUUCCAUACAUCACCGCAGAGGUACCCAUGGCUAAGGUAGAGUCACCAAUGAUAGACAUCUUGGCGGACGAUGCUUCUACUGGCGCAGGCAUCGAUUUGUUGAUUGGAAAUGAUUUAUACUUCUCAUUUAUCAGGAAGAGUGUUGAUUUGGGAAAUGAUACUUUCCUAGUUGAUUCUGAUUUUGGUUGGUUCCUCGCAGGAAGUGCUACUGACAACAAGGAAGGGGACACUCUAUCAGUGGCCACAUAUUGCCAGUGCCAUGAAAUUAAUCAAGACUAUUUUACAGAACCAGAUCUUCCUCUGCGUACCAUAGAUGUCAAAUUUUUAUGGUCACUUGAGAGCAUCGGGAUAUGUGAUUCUCCAAAAACUACAUGUGAGGAAGAAGCCGUUCAGCACUUUAACGAGACUGUCAAAUACAGUGAAGGAAGGUACCAGGUCAAGUGGCCGUGGAUAGAGUAUCCUCCAAAAUUGCCUACUAAUUUUGGACUUGCCUUUGGAAGAUUAAAGGGUGUAUUACGAAGAUCAAAUAAAGAAGUCAUGACGGAGUAUGAGAAAAUUUUAAAGGAACAGCUUGAAGCUAACAUAAUAGAAGUCGUGGAUCCUACCAUUCCUGGUGACCAUCCAGUUCACUAUCUGCCCUUUCAUAUGGUUCAACAGAAGGGUAAAAAGGGUCGGCUAGUCUAUGAUGCUUCAGCUAAGCUUAAAAACGAGAAAAGCUUGAAUGAGUGCUUAUACAGAGGUCCGAACAUGCUGGAAGACCUUACAGGAUUGAUACUGAAAUUUAGAAUUGGGAAAAUUGCUAUCACCGCCGAUGUUGAAAAGGCUUUUCUUCAAGUUGGUCUACAAGAAGAGGACAGGGAUGUAACCAGGUUUCUCUGGGUCAAAGAUUUGAAUAAGGAACUGACUGAAGACAAUAUCAUGCAAUAUAGGUUCUGCAGAGUGCCUUUUGGAGUAAUAUCAAGCCCUUUCCUCUUAGCGGCAACAAUUCGAUAUCACAUUUCAAGGACUAACAAAAGUCUUCUUCCAGUGAUAGCAGAUAAAUGUUAUGUAGACAAUUUAGUGACGUCAGUUCAAUCAAGAGAAGAGGCUCUCAAUUUGUAUGCUCAAACAACAAACUCAUUUAAAGAAUUAGGAAUGAACAUACGAGACUGGAUGUCUAAUGACAAAGAUUUUGUAGACAAAAUUCCCAAGCAAAAGAGAGCUAAACAGGAAAGUGAAAUGAAGAUCCUCGGUUUGGUAUGGAAUUUGGAAAAUGACACUCUACGGCUCAAAAUGAAUAACGAAACCUUUGAGAGCGAGAUCACAGACAGAGGCAUUACAAAGAAAGGAGUCUUGAGAGUGCUGGCACGUCUGUAUGAUCCAUGCGGCUUUGUAUCACCGCUCAUGCUACCAGGAAAACUCUUGUUCCAGGAGAUUUGCACUAGAAAGUUUAAAUGGGAUGAGAUUCUGCCUGAAGACUUGUCGACAUCAUGGAGGAGCAUAAUUGAGAAUUUAAAAGUUGUUAAGAAUGUAGAACUGCCAAGACAUGUCGCAAGUGGAUCAAAGUCAGAAUGCACGAAGUAUGAACUACAUUGCUUCACUGACGCAUCUAUGAAUGCAUAUGCAGCAGUCGUUUAUCUGCGAGUCAUAACUGAAAAGUAA